UCUCUCUUUGGCUGCGGAAUGCCUCCCCCCGUGUCUCUCUUUCCUUUUCCUCCGAUUAUGUCUGUGACUUACACAACCCAUAUGGGCAAAAGAGUGCCGUAUGUACCGUAGUCAUAUGUAAAACACACACACCCGAGAAUCCCCAAGACGUGCCUGCCCUGCCAAUUCUCCUGUCCGCUAAACGAAAGCCCCUGCCCCGCACGUAACCAACCUGAACUUGGAGCAGAACCCACGGUGGGUGGGUUUAACUUAUGCCGGAGAAAACGUGCGACCCGGCGAAAGACAGCUCGCUCCUCCAAGUGCGUGACCCACCCGAUCACCGCUAUUACCUACUCACAACCUCGCUCCUGCUCCUGCUCCUCCUUGUUCUCCCCCCUAGGGGCUCACCCCGUCCGUCCUUCUGCGCUUCCGCAUCUCUGGCCUGCCAUAUUGCGGUUUCGUGUUUGUUUUCCUUCGAUCCCGCCCGCUGCCGCUGCUGCUGCUCCUUGGCUCCUCCAUCACACUCUAUUCACCUCCGUCCUAGCACAUCGUCUUUCGAAAACCAAACUGAGCGGGUGAGGACGUCCGUCGUCUGUCGUCUGUCGUCUGUCGUCUGUCAUCUGUCGUCUGUCUGUCAGUCAACGCUGUCCGGGACAGUAGUAUCUCCUCUCCUCGGAGACCUCGCUCCACACACCACUCGCGCAUUUCCCUCCACACCCAAGCGGCUUGCACCCUUCUCCUCUGCUCGAAUAAUAUCCCGCCUACUCACCCCCAACAUCUCAUCAUUCCAACCGCGACCACUGGUCACGCAUCGCCGAACUCUGGCCUCACGUCGUCCCAUCUCGCCAGCAUCGCUUUCUGCCCUCACGACCUUGCCCACCUUGCCCACCUUGCCCACCUUGCCCACCCGCCGCCCCGUAUCCGUCCAUUUCCCCCCAAUAGACCCUAACCGUCGCUCACAGCCGAACACCGGCUGCGUGCUCUCCCGCCCACCCCCCCGAAGCAAGUCACCUCCAGCCUUCUUUCAUCAUCGGGGGACACACACACAUACAGCCGUAGAUAUACAUAGACUUGUUUUCUUUGAUUAUCCGGUGUCUCUCUUUCUCUUGCGCCCCAGUUCUCUGGAUCCCGCACCCCCGGUGCUUCCUCCUCUCGUUAACUUUAGGCGCACGUCCCCCCCCCCCUCACCCCCGUCGCCGUCGUGUGUCUUUUUGCCGCAGUAACAGUAAGGAGGGCCCAGAUCCACCGCAUCUCGGCACCCCGGAUUUUCUCCAUUUUCGCGGCGCCAUCCACGCCCGCCCCCCGUACUUUAAUCCUCGUCCUCCCCAACAACAUUGAGGCGUGCGUCGCGCACACACUCUCUCACACACACUCU